CGGAGUUCCCACGUGACCCGUAGGGGGUUGGGGGGAGAGGCGAGGAGGAGAAGGAAGCGACCGAGGAAGAGUGCCGGCGUUCCUGCCGCCGCCGCCGCCGCCGCCGUCGCCCUACGUCUCUCCCGGUCCCGGCCGGCGGCGCCGAAAGCGGACCGUGUGGGGAGGCGGAUCCAUCAUGGCGUCUAUGCAGGUGAGCAGCCUGCGGCAGACUGGAGUGGCGCGUCCCUUCGUCCCCAGAAGAGGCUACAGAAAGAACUGCUAGCUUUGCAGAAUGACCCGCCACCAGGAAUGACCUUGAAUGAAAAGAGUGUACAAAAUUCAAUUACGCAGUGGAUAGUAGACAUGGAAGGGGCUUCUGGAACAUUAUAUGAAGGGGAGAAAUUUCAACUGCUAUUUAAAUUCAGUAGUCGGUAUCCAUUUGAUUCUCCUCAGGUUGUGUUUACUGGUGAAAAUAUUCCUGUUCAUCCUCACGUUUAUAGCAAUGGACAUAUCUGUUUAUCUAUUCUAACAGAAGACUGGUCUCCAGCUCUUUCAGUGCAAUCAGUUUGUCUUAGCAUUAUCAGCAUGCUUUCAAGCUGCAAAGAAAAG